AUUGGGUGGAAUUAGGCAGACACUCACUCAGGAGGAGGGGGGUACUCAGUUCAGGCAGGUUAUUAGGUGACUGGGGAAGGAGACAUUGCAAGGGGCUUUAGGGAGAGCAUGAAGCAGCUGGUGAGCUCGGCGGAGAAUGCAGCAUAAGAGAAUGGAACAAAAACGUUAGACAGAGUGCAGAUAAAACAUGAGUCCCAGAGGGCCCUAGCCAGCUGCAUCCCAGGCAAUCAGGAGCCCAGGAAUGGAGACCCCACCCCUGCUGUGACAUCACAGGGGAGUGGGGUGGAGACGAAUAAAAAAGGGGUCCCCCGCCCUGGCCCUGGACUGUUGGCUGCCCAGAGUGUCAAGAGAAGAGAUAGCCUGGGUACUGGGCUAAGGUUGCCUGGCUAAAAAGAACAGGUUUCAUUCCUCAAGCCCCUCUAAGCUGCCCCCUCCAAACCUUGAUCUUUGUCUCCCUGCCCUCAGGUCCUCUCUCUCCUGAGGCUUCCAUCAGGCCCCUUUUGUGUGGUCCCUGAGCAUUCUCUCGGCAUGAACUGCAUAUCCGACUUCUUCACCUAUGAGACCACCAAGUCGGUGGUCGUGAAGAGCUGGACCAUUGGGAUCAUCAACCGAGCAGUUCAGCUUCUGAUCAUCUCCUAUUUUGUGGGGUGGGUUUUCUUGCAUGAGAAGGCCUACCAAGUGCGGGACACAGCCAUUGAGUCCUCAGUGGUAACCAAGGUGAAGGGCUUUGGACGCUAUGCCAACAGAGUCAUGGACGUAUCUGAUUAUGUGACACCACCCCAGGGUACCUCUGUCUUUGUUAUCAUCACCAAGAUGAUUGUUACUGAAAACCAGAUGCAGGGAUUCUGCCCAGAGAACGAGGAGAAGUACCGCUGUGUUUCCGACAACCAGUGUGGGCCAGAGCGCUUCCCGGGUGGGGGGAUCCUCACUGGCCGCUGCGUGAACUACAGCUCUGUGCUCCGGACCUGUGAGAUCCAGGGCUGGUGCCCCACCGAGGUGGACACAGUGGAAAUGCCUAUCAUGAUGGAAGCUGAGAAUUUCACCAUUUUCAUCAAGAACAGCAUCCGUUUCCCUCUCUUCAACUUUGAGAAGGGGAACCUCCUGCCAAACCUGACAGCCAGGGACAUGAAGACAUGCCGUUUCCACCCUGAAAAGGCUCCUUUCUGCCCCAUCUUGAGGGUAGGAGACGUGGUCAAGUUUGCCGGGCAGGAUUUUGCCAAGCUGGCCCGCACGGGUGGAGUUCUGGGUAUCAAGAUCGGCUGGGUGUGUGACCUGGACAAGGCCUGGGACCAGUGCAUCCCCAAAUAUUCCUUCACUCGACUGGAUGGUGUUUCUGAGAAGAGCAGCGUCUCCCCUGGCUAUAACUUCAGGUUUGCCAAGUACUACAAAAUGGAGAAUGGCAGUGAGUAUCGCACACUCCUGAAGGCUUUUGGCAUCCGCUUUGACGUGCUGGUGUAUGGAAAUGCCGGCAAGUUCAACAUCAUCCCCACCAUCAUCAGCUCUGUGGCAGCCUUCACUUCUGUGGGAGUGGGAACUGUUCUCUGUGACAUCAUCUUGCUCAACUUCCUCAAGGGGGCCGACCAGUACAAAGCUAGGAAGUUUGAGGAGGUGAAUGAGACGACUCUGAAGGUCACUGCCUUGGCCAACCCAGUGUACCCCAGCGACCAGACCACAGAAGAGAAGCAGUCUACAGACUCAGGGGCCUACUCCAUUGGCCACUAGGAUCCCUUCCAACAACCCCAUGCUCACCCUUGGGCUCCAGACCUCUAACAGGGGCCCCACCUGGGCAAGGAGGGGUGGG